UUUAGUGUCAGAAGUUUAUAUGGAUUAGUUGUACAGUUUCAAGAGCUUUGGUGAAAAUCUGCAUAAAGUCUCCUUUCCAGUGGUUUAGCAGUGACUGUUUUUGAGAAGCAAGAAAAUGAUGAGUGAUGCAAGUGACAUGCUGGCUGCAGCUUUGGAACAGAUGGAUGGCAUCAUUGCAGGCUCCAAGGCUUUGGAGUAUUCCAAUGGCAUAUUUGAUUGUCAGUCUCCUACGUCCCCAUUCAUGGGGAGCCUGCGAGCACUGCACCUUGUGGAGGAUUUGCGUGGCUUACUGGAGAUGAUGGAAGCAGAUGAAAGAGAAGGGUUGCGAUGUCAAGUCCCAGAUUCAACAGCAGAAACACUGAUUGAAUGGCUUCAGAGUCAAAUGACUAACGGACAUAUACCUGGUAAUGGUGAUGUAUAUCAAGAAAGGCUAGCACGGUUGGAAAAUGAUAAGGAAUCUCUUGUUUUGCAAGUAAGCGUGCUUACGGACCAAGUGGAGGCUCAGGGAGAAAAGAUUCGAGAUUUGGAGUUCUGUCUAGAAGAACACAGGGAGAAGCUGAAUGCCACAGAAGAGAUGCUACAACAGGAGCUCUUGAGCAGAACAUCCCUUGAAACACAGAAACUGGAUCUUAUGGCAGAAAUUUCCAAUUUGAAGCUAAAGCUAACCUCUGUAGAGAAGGACAGAUCAGACUAUGAAGUUAGAUUCAGAGAGACAGAGGGUUUGAUUCAAGAAAUCCAUGAAUUACAAUUAAAAGUGGGAGAAAUGGACAAUGAACGGCUUCAGUAUGAGAAAAAGCUUAAAACUACUAAGGAUGAACUGGCAACUUUGAAAGAGCAAUUGGAACAGAAGGAGGCAGAGGUAAAAAGGCUACAAGAGAAACUGGUUUGCAAGAUGAAAGGAGAAGGAGUUGAUAUAAUUGACAGAGAUGAAAACUGUAAAAAGAAGCUCAAAGAUAAAAAUAUGGAGGUGCAGAAAAUGAAGAAGGCUGUGGAAUCUCUAAUGGCAGCAAAUGAAGAAAAGGAUCGGAAGAUAGAAGAACUUCGACAAUCCCUCAAUCGCUAUAAAAAAGUGCAAGACAUGGUCAUACUGGCUCAAGGUAAAAAAGGCACAGACGGUGAAUAUGAAGAGUUUGUGAAUUCAGGAUCUGUUUCAGCAGUCUUAUUGGAUGCACAGAAUCUAAUUGAUCCAGAAAAGAGCCUGUCUCUUACUCCGGUAAUUGGUUCUCCAGGUUGUGAAGAGUAUAGUGUGAGCUUCCUCGAAGAGAAUUCCCUUCAGGUCCACACCAGCAUCUUGCAGGUCUCAAUCCCUUCUUUUUCAUCAACACCAAAAAGCUCCAAAGCAGGUGCAGAAAAAGUAAAAGCACAGCUGAACCCAGAAAUUAGAAGUGAAACAAGAACUUCAGCCCUGCAGAAAUCCAGCAGUCUGGACAAUUUGAAGAAAGAGACAUCACAAGUGGACAAAGAACCUGUGCAGAAGCCAGAAGAGAAUAAAGCUCCAGCAGAAGGUGGUAAAUUUGGAAACGUCCCUCCAAAAUCCCCAACUGAAGGUAGCAUCGGAGAGGAGGACAGUUUUGGCACACGUAAAGCCAGAUCUUCAUUUGGCCGAGGCUUUUUCAAGAUAAAAAAUAACAAGAGGACAGCAAGCGCCCCCAAUUUGGAUCGCAGUCGAAGUGCAAGCGCACCUACCUUAGCUGAAACAGAGAAGGGAUCUGCAGAUCACUUGGAUCUGGCUGGUUUGUCCCCUCGGCCAAAAGAAAACGAUAGUGUGCAACUGUCUCCACCUUCACCUGACUCCAAAAAGAAGGCCAGAGGAAUCAAGAAAUUAUUUGGAAAACUCAGACGAAGUCAGUCUACCACAUUUAACCCAGAGGAUAUAUCUGAGACAGAGUUCAAAAGAGGAGGGACAAGAGCGACAGCUGGACCAAGACUAGGCUGGUCUCGAGACCUUGGACAGUCUCACAAUGACCUGGAUAUGCCAUUUGCUAAAUGGACAAAGGAGAAAGUUUGCAACUGGCUUCAGGACCAGGGUUUGGGUUCAUACAUAAAUAGUGGCAAACACUGGAUACUCUCUGGGCAAACCCUCUUGCAAGCUUCUCAGCAAGACCUGGAAAAGGAACUCGGGAUAAAGCAUCCACUCCAUCGAAAAAAACUUCAGCUUGCUCUUCAGGCACUCGGGUCUGAAGAAGAAAACAAUCAUGGAAAACUGGAUUAUCACUGGGUCACCAGGUGGUUGGAUGAUAUUGGACUUCCCCAGUAUAAGACUCAAUUUGAUGAAGGGAAGGUAGAUGGUCGAAUGCUGCAUUAUAUGAGUGUAGAUGAUUUACUGUCCUUGAAAGUUGUUAGUGUUCUCCAUCACCUUAGCAUCAAAAGAGCCAUUCAGGUCCUGAGGAUAAACAACUUUGAACCCAACUGUCUGCGCAGAAGGCCGUCGGAUGAGAAUAACAUCAUGCCAUCUGAAGUAACUCAGUGGACCAAUCAUCGUGUGAUGGAGUGGUUACGUUCAGUUGACCUCGCAGAAUAUGCCCCUAAUCUGAGAGGGAGCGGUGUGCAUGGUGGACUGAUGGUCUUGGAGCCCCGUUUCAAUGUCGAAACAAUGGCUCAGUUGUUAAACAUCCCACCAAACAAGACGUUGCUGAGACGUCAUUUGGCAACCCACUUCAAUCUGCUUAUUGGCCAGGAGGCCCAGCUGCAAAAGCGUGAAACCAUGGAAUCUCCAGACUAUGUCCUUUUAACUGCUACUGCUAAAGUGAAGCCAAAGAAACUUGCCUUCAGCAAUUUUGGAAGUCUGAGAAAAAAGAAGCAAGAUGACGUGGAAGAGUAUGUGUGUCCGAUGGAGUUGGGACAGGCAUCAGGAAGUGGAGCCAAGAAGGGGUUUAAGCCUGGUUUGGAUAUCCGAGUGUAUGAUGACGAUGAUUUGGAUCGGCUAGAGCAGAUGGAAGAUUCAGAAGGGACUGUGAGGCAGAUAGGAGCGUUCUCCGAAGGCAUCAACAACUUGACUCACAUGCUGAAGGAGGAUGAAAUGUUUAAAGACUUUGCCACCCUCUCUCCUAGUGCCAGUAUAACGGAUGAAGAUUCAAAUGUGUGACGAUAACUACCAGACACUGAUAAAGAGUUCUGUGAUGGGCAGCAGAACAUGUACAUUACAUUGCUCUUGCUUCUGUUUGUUAGAAGUGAUAUUUUUUGGGUGGUUAGGGAGAAAAGGUGCCUAUUCUAAAGUUGCCAUAAGAAAACCACAGACCCUGGUGAAUGGCAGUAUCAUUGUUUUACUAUAUCUAAUGUACAAACCUGUGACAUAUUUCAAAGUACUGCAUUUAAAAAUAGUAUGUUACCAUAAUGCUCCUUUAUUCUUAUUUGUGUACUGUUUCAGAAUAUCACAGGAUAUUAAGUAGAGUAGAGAGAGAAUCCAUUUUGUAGGUAUUCUGCCUCAGCCUUUACUGCAACUUUCAGCUGAAAAAAAUGGUAUCACUGGUGUCCUAUUUAAAUGGAUUUGCCCAAAGGAAAUGCCAUUUUUUUUCCUCUGUAGUAUCUACCGUAGGCCUUGAGGCAUGAUUCCCUGCACAAUUUCCCAGGUAACUUUUGACUGUUGCUGACUUACUUUUAUAUCUAUCUAUCUAUCUAUCUAUAGAUAUAUAUAUCAGAAUUUUUAUUUUGUGACGUAAGGUGGUGAAAAUUCAGUGUUGUGGGGGUUUUUUUUGUGAAGAGAUGAUCCAAGUUUGAAACCCAGCUGGUUACUGGAAAAAUCAGACUGACCUUUAAACUGUUUGUUUUCUUUCCUUUUUCCCCUUUGUUUCUUUUUGCUAACCAUUUUUAGCUUAUGUUUCUACAUUUGGGAUGAAGCUGUUAUGAAACAUAUUUCUCCUUGCAUCACUUUUCUAAUCUGCAGUAUCUUAUUUUUUCCCUAGCAGCAGCAGCAGCAAUAAGAUUUUAAUUGUUUUAGGAUAUUAAAAAUAUUCUUGAAAGUUCUCAGUUUGAAAUUGAGCACUGUCAUACACAUAUGGGAAGGGAUGCUUCCAUGCUGUGAACAUAACAAAACACUUAUAUAAAGAAAUGUAUCAUAUAAAGAAAUAUAUUGUUGCACAGUAUUAAGCCUAAGGUGGGCUUUUUCCUCAAAAAAGUGAGAACACACACAUUGCCUAAUAUUUAUGCCUAUUAAAAGCACAACUCCUUUCCACUUUGGCUAGUUAGAAAUUUAGAAAUGUAUUUCAGUGAAAAUCUUUUGUCAGACUUUAUACAGACCACAAUGUCUUAGCCACAAAAACAAAGGUAACACUGUUAAAAAUGAUUGUUAUGGUAUAUGAAUGUUGCAGGCAUUUUAGCAAAAUGGCAUGAAGUUUCAUUGUUUGUCAAGGGAAAACUUCAGCUAGAAUUUUUACUUGCAAUGUUGUUUUGCAUUAACAAAGCGUUUCAUCACUCAUUUCAUCAUAGUUCUUGUUGCAAACAUUGGAAAAGAAAAGGACCCUGUUUUAGGGAUGCUUAUACAAUGUAGUAAUUGUCAGAUUUAUGACUUGUGCUUGUGCCACAGAAGUUGGGAAAGCAAUAAAGACUUUUACAGCAGUUUUAAAUGGUUUCUACUUCUUACCAGUUGUUGGAAUAGAUUUGAGACUUUGACAUUUAUCAGUGUAACCAGAUGUUAAUAUUUAUUUACAACUAUAAUCAAUUUGAUAAAAACCA